GCCAACUGAAAAGCAAAGGUAAAUCGAGCCGCCACGCGCCCGGCAAGCAUGGCUCGAAGCUGCUAUGGGCUCUUAUUGAUCGCAGCGAUGGGCUUACCGAAUAUGGCGAUCGCUAAGGCCUCGCAACCAGCCCUGCAACUGCUGGUGGCUGGCACUGCAUUUUUACAAGUCGCGCACGCCGUGAGGCCAAAGCAAGCGCUUGGAGUCAAUUGUCGCGGCGGCAGCACGCAGACGAGUCCGCCGGAAAAAGCCUUGGGAAUCCUCCGCCGCUGCGGCGCGUCGCGGUACGGCCGACCGAGCCCGCGGGAAGCGACGGAAGCGCUCGUCCGCGUCCUCGACGCCUUUGAGGCAGCGCCGCGCGUGUUGGAUGUUGGAAACAGCGUCAUUGUGCCAUCGACGGACGACAUCGCCCUCAAGAUGGAGGAGCGCCAGGAUAUCGACCUGUGCCGCUCGAAUGACUGGUCCCAAUUUUUGAGAGGGGCGGCCUGGCGGCCCGUGUUCCAUGCGUCCGUGGAGGCACUCGACGCGGCGCGGCGCUACCUGUCCUGCCCGACGCCGUCGCCGCCGCCGGGGAGCGCGGGCUCGUUUCUGGGCCACAACGUCAAGCGGACGUUCGGCGGCGACGGGACCUAUCUGCAAAAGAGACCGUUCCUGCUCGGUUUGUUAAGGGUGCGGACCUGGGGCCGCUACCGGUACAUGGCCGCGGGCGGCGGCGCGCCGGCCUGUACGAUGGUCGCGCCCGAGCGCGUGGGCCUCCGGCUCCUCGGCGUGCCGCUGCCUUCCUGGGACGUCCGGCCCAGGAGCGCGACGUCCCGUCCCCCCGUCCUCGAGGCGCACACGUGGUGCUUCGCCGACGAGACGCUCUGCGUCACGCGCGCCGCCGACGGCUCCUACGGCGUCUGGCUCCGCGUCGGCUGAACCGGGCCCCUCCGAGAGGGAGUCUGGUAAUUUGUGUGUACUAAAACUUGACAAAAUUAA